AUGAGUGUUUAAAGAUUGCCUCUUGAAAAAUAGGCUACUCCACGUCAUCAUAGUUCUAAACCUAUUCAAUAGAUAUCUACUACUGCUAGAACCAUUACUAAACCUUCACUACUUUAAUAAGAUAUCCAUCCUGACAAUACUCUACUUUCAUUCAUGAAAUCAUUAGAUUCUAAAUAAGCAGCUGUUCUUAAUCGAUCUAUUAGAGAUGGAGAAAAACUACAUGUAAUAACUUCUUUCUAUCCUUAUUAGAAACCUCUAAUCAAGCCUAGAACUUACAUCUCUCAAUAAAAAACUAUUCCAACAUCUAACGUAGAGAAAUAAAUUUUAAAUAAUCUUGAAACAAGGUAUUCUUUUUUCAUACUAACAAGAACCUUAUAGAAUACAAAAGCUUCCAAAAUAUGAAUAAGAAUUAGUGUUACAAAUACUAGCAUCCAUUGAAAAUGGAUAACCUAAACAUGAAGAACUUAUCUCCUUCUUCAAAAGUAAAAGAAUACAUCUCAAAAUUCAUUCCAAUUAUGGCAAUCAAAGUCAAGUUGGAUUAACUAGUAUUGAAUUAUUCAAUAAUAACAGAAAAUAUGUCAAAAUCAAUUGCAUUUAUUCUGAUGAUGAUUCUCAUAAAACUAUCAACAAUCUCAUUAAUGGACAUAAUCUAACUAUAUCUCCUGAAUAAAUGUGGAUUACCAAUUUUAAAUCAUUCCCUAUUACCAUUACUAUUUGUUAUUUACUUCAAGAUGAAUCAGAAAUACUUACAUCAUUAAAAAUUUGGAAUUUUAAUAAAAAUAGAAAGGAAUUAGAUAAAUGUGUUUGUGAUUUAGAAGUCUUAUAAAAUGAGUAUAUAUUAUGGUCAGGAUAGAUUGCUAAAGGAGUUGCUAAUACAUUUUCAGAAUAUGCUUAAACUAUUCAAUUACAACCAUAAGCAUAACAAUAAUCAAAUAUUAAUGCUACGAAUGAAACUAAAAUCAAAUAUUAAAAUGAUUCUACAUAACCAUUCAAUUAAUCAUCACAAUCAAUUAAUUCCAAAAAAUCAGAUGAAAAUAAAGAGUAAUAUUAUUCUCUCUAUCUAGAAUUAAUUUAUCCAAGGCGUCAAGUCAAUAAAAACACGCUAAACCUAAAUUAAUUUUUGAUCCUUUUGAUGAUGAUAAGAAAUUCAAAAAAUUUGAAUAAAAAUAAGAACCCUCAUCUGUUAAAACUAAAUAAACUAUUCAUCAAUAAAGAUUUUUCAAAAAAUCUAUUAACUUAUUCUCUUAAAAGUAAUUAACUGAAGAAGAUUCAAGUAGUCCACCACUUAAUUUUAAAAGAGGAGUAGCUCAUAUUGCUGCAGGAACUACUUCUACACGUUCUAAAAAUAUAUCAAUUCCAGAAUGUCCUUUUGGAUCUAAAUUAAUUAUUAAAUUCCUAAAAAAUUGGGGAGAUCUCUAUUCAAUAGGAUUAACUGGAAUUGAAAUAUUUGAUUGUCAAGGUAAUAAAGUUAAAGUUAAUUUUGUUUCUGGUUUUUUCAAAAAUCCUGCUAUCUUAUUUGAUGAUAAUUAUUUAACUUAAGAUGAUAAAAACAUGUGUAUUGAAAGAAUAGAUAAGAAUAUGGAAAUUACAAUCAAAUUUAAUGAAACUAAAUUAUCAAUGAUUAGAAUUUGGAAUUAUAAUAAGGGUAGAACUUAUAGAGCAAAAUGUGUACGUAACAUAGAAAUAGUCUUAGAUACUGAUUCAAUAUUUAGUGGAGAAAUCAAAUAAGCUAAUGGUACAUGUGGUAUAGAUAAUGCUGAAUAUAUAAUGUUUACUAGUAAUCCUUUAAUUAUGGACAAAAUUUAAGAAUAAGAUUGGCUUAAUAAAUUACAUGAAAGUUAAAUACAACAAUAAAAGAAUAUUCUAGAAAAUACUGUUAAAUUGAGUAGACCAGAUACGGCAACAUUUAAUAAACCUAAAGGUGAAAUAACAGCUCAAAAAUUUGCAAAUAACAAUAAUAUUUCAAAUAAAGAUUAUUAACAUUAAAAAAGUGAUUCGAUAACAUAAAUAAUUAAAUAGGAAUCUGAAUAGAAAUUAACAUAGCAUUAAAAGAGAUUGUUUUCGUCUUAAAAUUAUAUAAAUGUAAAGACUUUAGCAACGGUUACAGUAAAAGUAUUAACGUUGUAUAUUAUAAGAAAUUGGGGUGAUAAAUUUGUUGGAGUAGAUAAGAUUGAUAUUCAUGACAAAUUUGGAUAAUCAAUGAGAAUAAAGAAAUAUAAAGUUAUAACAUCUUAAUCUGAGACAGUAGUGAAUAGUGAUGAAAGAUGGUAAUUGAAUAAUGGAAAGAUAAAGAUACAAUUUGUAUUUAUGUAGCCAACUCAAAUAAGUAGGAUUGCAAUUUGGAAUUAUAAUAAGGAAGAUGAAUUAGAGAAGGGAGUUCAAAUGAUUAAUAUAAAAGGUGAUACCCAAAUUCUGAAUAGUUAAUAAGGUAUUUAUUUAAGAAAAGGUCAUGGAUUAAGUGAUAUAAAUGAACCUUAAUUGAUUGAAUUACCUUAUCAGAGAAGGAUUGAUCUAGUGAUGGUAAAUUAUUAAUUCGAAAGAAAUAAAUAUUAAGAUUAUGAAACUACAUAAUUACCAUAAGGAACAAAGAUUGUGAUAAAAUUAUUAUCAACAUGGGGUGAUUUACAUUAUAUUGGAUUAAAUGGUAUUGAAAUAUAUGAUCCAAAUGGAGAAAAGCUUUAUCCAAAAUUAUUGGCAAAACCAUUUUCAGUUAAAGAAUUACCUCAAAUGGAAAUGGAUGUAAGAACUCCUGAUAAAUUGUUAAAUGAUAUAAAUAUAACUUUGGAUGCAAAGUAAAUGUGGUUAUCACCUUUCGUUAAUUCAUAUACAGAUAGAUUAAAAACGAAUAUAAAUUCGAGUGUUUUUGAUCAAAUUAGUUACUAAGUGAAUAAAUUAAUUUUAUUAUUUGAUACUCCCUAAUAAAUAUCUGCCAUAUCCUUUUAUAAUUAUAGCAAGACACCAGUCAGAGGAGUUAAGGAAUGCGAAAUUUCAAUUGAUGAUAAUAUCAUGUAUUAAGUAAAUCAAUUCUUUAUUGUAAGGGUUAUUUAAAUUUAUCAACCUUAACUCAAACUGUAAGAGGAAUGAUGGGUAAUAAUAAAACUACUGUAUUGUUUACAAAUGAUGAAAGAUUGAUCGAUUAAAUUGGAACUGUGGAAAUUAGAGAAAGUAUCAUAGGAUCUGAAACACUCUUUAUAAAUGAAAAUUAGGUAAUACUUUUCAUAUUAAUAUAUUUAGAGAUUAAAAUAUAACAGUAUAAAAAAUAAAGAGGUCAGAUUAUAAUAAUAAGGAUUGUAUAAAGAAUUAGAUAGACCAACUACAACUUAAGUUUACUGA